AUUUGUUGAAACGAUUGUUGACUAGUGAUCUAACGAAAAGAUAUGGAAAUUUAAAAGGUGGUAGUAAGGAUAUCAAAGGGCAUGUUUGGUUUAAAGGUGUCGAUUGGGAUCGGUUACUCAGACGAGAGAUUCAAGCACCAUACGUACCGACCGUCAUUGGAGAAGGUGAUGCCAGUAAUUUUGAUGUUUAUCCUGAGGAAAGAGAACCUUACGGGAAGUCUUGUAAUGAUUGUUAUAGGGAUAAAUUUCCUAGUUUUUAA